CUCGCUUGAGGAGGCAGUUGCAGCAAUGGCACAGGAGGAGGUCAGGUUGAAGUUGACCAGGACUGGAGAAGCGAAUGCAUCUCGCUCAGCAUUUACUGUGUCUGAAUGGAAGGAGACAAGAGAGUGCUUCAACUGUGGAGAGAAAGGUCACAUAAGCAUCAAUUGCACAGCACAACGCAGAGAAAUACGUGGUAGGGGAAGAGGUUACAGCCGAGGUGGAUACCGGGGAGUUAGAGGCAGAGGUAACUCGAGGGGUUCGAAUUAUUCUAGUGGCUUCAAAGCAAACUUGGCUAACUUGGCAACGCAAGAAGAAGAGACGUCAACAACCUCUCAAGGGGAGUCGAAGAGUAGAAGCCAGGAGGACAACACCUUCGGGAACUUUGCCCACUUUGUCUACACAGGGGAAGGAGAGGAUGACUGGAAGGAAACUUGGGACAGGAACCAGGCGUAGUGGAUUGUGGUAUAUGGAUCGUGAUGUGUCUAGGUCUGGUGCUAGUCCUAUUUUGGCUGUACUAGUUGGAGUAAGUGAGACAAUGGCGAUGAUCCAUCACUGUCGCAUGGGGCAUAUGGCUUUUGAUAAGAUGAGUAAGAUGUUUCCUGAUGUAAUGCGUGGAGUAGACAAGAGUAAGCUUGUGUGUUAUGCAUGUGAAUAUGCAAAGCACACAAGAAUCUCAUAUUUGAGUAAGGGGCUAAGGAGUAUAUCCCCGUUUAUGCUGAUUCACUCUGAUGUGUGGACAUGUCCUGUUGUUUCUGUUAGUGGAAUGAAAUAUUUUGUGACAUUUA